AUGCUAAACAGGAUCCAGGAGGUGGUAGCGGUGGCGAACAGUCCCGUUACGGAUGCUGUGACUAAGAAACAGGCACUUGAAUUUCUGGAUCAAGUGAAAGCGGAGCCGAACGCUCCACAACUGUUCGUCAGUCUUUUGAAUGACGUUGGUUCCGAUGAUAUUACAAGGUUUGUGGCAUUACAAGCUUUGUCAGAUUUAAUCAGUGAGCCAAGGAGUGAUUCACAGCAGUUGGAUUUCAUAAAAACUGCUGUGGUGAGUUUACUACAGAAUAAAAUUACUAAUAAUGUGCGAGAUCCUGAGUAUGUGAGGAAUAAGAUUGCCGAGAUGACCACUAGGUUGUUUUGCAGGAUGUAUGGAGAAUUCAAUGGUAACUCAUGGUCUACAUUUUUCCAGGACAUCAUAGCAAUUUUAUGUAUAGAAUGUUUAAAGAAAGGACCAGCUCGAGAUUUGUCCCCGAUAGGCUUAGACUACUUCAAUCGAAUCUGUGGAGCGAUAAACUCGGAGAUUGCAGACCAGACAUACAUUAGAUCUCGAGAAGCCCAAUUAAAGAAUAAUAGUUUGAAGGAUACCAUGAGAUUGCAGGAUAUUCAAGUGAUGGUUACGAUAUGGCUCAACACCUUGAAAAGCAUAGAACCUGAACAGCAGCGAGAACUUGCUGUACUGACCCUAUCCUGCAUCGGUUCAUAUAUCUCUUGGAUCGAUGUCAAUCUGAUCGUUAAUGAUGUCUAUAUUUCGGUCAUUUAUGGUUAUCUUGACUUUAACACUACUAAAGUCGCCUGUGCCCAAUGCUUAUGUGAAAUAAUCUCCAAGAAGAUGAAGCCAGUGGAAAAAUUGACUCUUCUCAGAAUGCUAAAUUUGACAGAUAAAGUUACGUCAAUUGGGCAAGAUGAUUUAGAAGUUUACGAGCAAAUGGCAAGGUUGACCAAUUCGAUCGGGCUCGAGCUCGCAAAGGUCUUCGAGACAUGCAUCGAUGCCACUCCCAGCGCUGAAAGUGAAGAAUGCGCCAAGGCUGCGGAUGAACAAAUUAUCACUCAAGUGGCACCACUUCUACUGAAGUUCAUGGAUCACGAAUAUGAUUCGGUGACCCAACAAUGUUUUCCCUUCAUAUCUCAAUAUCUUUCCGUUCUCAAAAAACAAUUUGCAUUAGGCGGCAAGCCAGGAUCUGCUGUUCACAUGAACUCCAAGAAGCUACCGCUAGAUCCCUCUCACCACAGCUUUCUGUCUUCAUUAUUAUUGGUGACUUUCAAAAAGAUGAGAAUAGAUGACUCCAGUGGCGAAGAUUCAGAAGAUGAGAUCGACGAAUUUAAUGAUACAAUAAGAUCCAAACUGAAAGUUAUUCAAGAUAGCAUAGCAGUCAUAAAUCCAGCACUCUAUUUGGAAAGCAUCUCAAACCACAUUCAGACGGAAUUGGCAAGUUCAGAUUGGAGGGACCUGGAGUUGGCCAUUUACCAGAUGCAUAACCUGAGCGAUAGCAUUCGGAAUAAUUUAUUCGCUUUAAACAAGGCUGAAAUUGUGGAGUCGCAGGCAACUUUAAUAAUGUCCAAAUUUAUGAGCAUAUUACUGGGAAAUUCAGCAAUUUUCCAAAUGGACGUGCCCUUCGUGCAGAUUCUAUUUUUCGAACUAGUUGUCAGACAUUACCAAUUUUUAAACGCUGACGACAAGAACGAAGUUGCAUUAUUAAACAUUUUCUGUAGUCCUUUCGGCAUGUUCAACAAGAGAGAAAAAGUAAGGCUAAGGACAUGGUAUUUAUUCACAAGGCUCAUCAAGAUUACCAAACCCAAAUUAUCAAUUGCAAUUUUAUCGCAAAUCAUUGGUAAAAUUUCACCUUUACUCGCGGUGAAAGCAAUCACAGAUAAUCAAGAGAGUGCGGAGGAGGAUACAAUUUUCGAUAGUCAGUUGUAUCUCUUCGAAGGUAUCGGUCUGCUAAUCGGCGCUAACGCAGAUAUGAAUUAUGACAUAAUGGACGAGGUGCUGACACCUCUCUUCACUAGUUUAGAGACAUGCAUAUCAGCUCCAAUACAGAAUCCGGCAGUAGUAUUACAGGCUCAUCAUCUAUUGAUGGCAAUUGGAACAAUGGCUAGAGGUGUUCAUGGUGGGCUAGUUCCAGAGAACCAGGUGAACAACACUCUCGUGAAUGAAAAGCUUCUUCGAAGAUCCUUGGUUGAGAAAUUUUCUAAUAUCGCAGAAGUUGUGCUUGUCUCAUUUUCAUACUUCAGUAAGCAUGAGAAUGUCAGGGAUGCAUCCAGGUUCACAUUUGCUCGGUUGAUACCAAUACUUAACACAGAAAUCGUUCCGUUUGCCAGCAAACUGAUUGCAUUGUUCAUAGAGUCAGAUUUGACAACUUUAGAGAUGAACGAUUUCUUAGGUUUCCUAGGCCAAAUGAUUCAUAUGUUUCACAAAGACGAGAGCUGUUACCAACUGUUUGACAGUCUUCUAACCCCAGUGAUAAACAAAGUGCACACAAGCUUGAGUCAAAUCGACAACGAAGAGGCUCUAGAGACAUCCGAGUGGUAUGGGAACGGUGUAGCCAAUCCUAAGGAGAGAAACGGCAAGAGUGUAGUGGUGACAAACUCUUUCAGAGAUAAAAUUCUUCUGAAAAAAGCUUACUACGCCUUUUUGCAAUCACUGGUGACUAAUUCAGUUACAUCGCUACUACUGAGCGAAAGGAAUAGAGGUAUGCUAUCAACGGUUCUCCUAGAUCUACUGACAUACGCCCCACAGGAAGUUCAAGAAACAUCUACGAUCAAACUAGCACUCAACGUUCUCGCGAACCUUGUUAAGUGUUUCGGAUCCGGUCACUGCACAGACGAGAAAGACGUUCAUGCUGCUAACAACGAGAAACUCGACGGUCUUAACGAAUUUAUGAUCGCAAAGAUCGUACCAUUGGUCUUCGAAAUCCCAUUCAAGCCUGAAAACAAAUUCAACAUUAAGGAUGGCAGUUGCCGAGUGGUGGCAUGCGACCUAUCUCGUCUGUUACGGGAAACCUACUUGCAAAGUGCUACUGAUGCAGAUGCCAUGAAUAACCCAUGCCUCAAAUACAUGAUCGAAGUCUACCUCCCACAAGUUCAGUUCCCCUCAGAGAUGAGCUUCCAAUUUGCCCAGGCGUUAGCUUCUCUCGAAGCAAAGGCAUUCGAGAAAUAUUACGUCGAUUUCAUCACAUCUCUAUCAAACUAA